AUGUCUGGAAGUGUGUUGGGCAAGCGUUACCUGCUGUCAACGUUGUCCUGGAUUGAAAUAGAUGACCUGUUGAUGACAAAAACGCAGCGAGAGCUUCUGAAAGGUUCGUUGGACGACUUGGAGUACCACUUCAGGCACGAGAGGACGUCGGAGUUGCUUUGCUAUCGGUCGCGGCGCGGGCUGCUCGACAUUGACAACAUGGAGCCCUCACUGUUCAGGCAGCAAUUUAGAUUUGAGAAAGAGGAUUUCGAUAACUUGUUUCGUGCUCUUAAACUGCCGGAGACCGUGAAGAGUGCUCAAAAUGUGACUGUGCCCGGUCGGGAGGCGUUGUGUAUUACCCUUCGACGCCUUGCCUAUCCAAACAGGUGGUGUGAUCUCGAAACUAUAUUCGGCAGGCAUUCAUCUGUGAUGUCAAGUGUGGCGUCAGAAGUUAUUUUCUACAUCGUAAGCGAGUUUCAUCAUCUGCUUGAAGACUGCAACAACCAUGACUGGCUGUGUCCUGCCACCCUUGAAGAGUUUGCAAAUGCCAUCCGGAACCGUGGUGCAGCGCUGACAAACUGCUGGGCAUUUAUCGACGGCACGGCACGCCCCAUAUGCCGACCCAAAAGGAACCAACGCGAUUAUUUUUCUGGCCAUAAGCGGAUGCACAUGCUCAAGUACCAGUCGGUGAUGUGUCCCAAUGGCAUUGUGUGCCAACUUGACGGCCCUUAUCCUGGAAGGCGGCAUGAUGCAGGGAUACUCCAGAGCAGUGGCCUCUAUGCGAAACUGGAAAAGUUGGUGAGGCCCCACCAGUUCGUCAUAUACGGCGAUCCUGCGUACCCACUGAAGCCACUCUUGAUGAAACCCUAUGGCGGCUCUUCGCUGACAGCAACGCAGUUGGCAUUCAACACUAGCAUAAGUAGUGUUCGCCAGGCUGUUGAAUGGGGAUUUGGGAAGGUGAUCAGUCAAUUUGCUUUUCUGGAUUUUAAAAAAAAUCGGAAAUUGCUGCGACAAGAAGUCGCUCACAUGUACAAAGCAGCCACUAUUCUGACUAACUGUCACACGUGUUUGUACGGCAGCCAGGUGUCUCAGUACUUUGAACUACACCCACCUAGUCUAAAUGAGUACCUGAGGCCACAUCACUGAAGUACUGACUGUCUCAAACAUAAGGCAUUAUGCUUUCCAGAUUGCCUUUACCCUUGUAGAAGUGAUUGUUCGUAAUAGCUGUCAUGUUUUUAUAUGUUUAGUGCCUAACUGCACACAUGUCUGAAGCACAAUGCUUUCAACGUUGCUUUGGUGCCAGCUUUCUUUUUCUGUUCUGUGGAGUCUCACUGUCAACGACACUAUUUUGUGUGGCUGCUGUAAUAAAGUUGAGUUACAACAUGUG